UUUUGCCCCGCGCACGCGCCAAACGAUGCGGACAAACUGACGUUUCGCCAUACCCCAGUACAACGGCGGAUAUCCCAAGUAACUGUAAAUAAUAUUGUAAAUAUUCCAAAUUUAAAAAGUGUACAUUUUCUAUUCGAACGUUUUGAAUAUCGAACAUGCCUCAGUGUUUAUAGAUUAAAAAAAGUUUUUUUUUACUGCAAAGGAAUAGUUAAGGUAACAAGAUGAUAGACCCCAGCUCCUCAGAAGAGGACAGCGAGGAUGAACAUAAGAAGCAGCCUUCGAAAUUACCCGUGGUACCACCAGGGUCUCUGGCGGGAAGCAGACCAUCAGUCAGGGGGAAACCUGAACUGCCUCGGGGUUCCACUGCUGGGCUUCCAGGAGCGAGUCCACUGACGACGGCGCCGUUAGCGGCCCCCCUCCACCCCGCCACCAGGCAAAGAGAGGCCGCUGCCUUAGCACCACCCCAUGCAUCUUUCUUGCGCAGGACCUCGACGGGGAGCGCCAGCUCGGGGGAGGCACCGGCUCCCUCUCCCAGUCCAUCAGGGGCAAGCCAUUCCGACAAGGAUCAAGACCCUCAGGAAAAGAUCGAGAAAUUAGAAGAAGACAAAAAACGCCGUCUGCAACUUUACGUAUUUGUGUCACGCUGUAUCGCCCAUCCAUUCAACGCGAAGCAACCAACCGACAUGACCCGGCGCCACACAAAGCUGACCCCACAUCAGCUGGAGACUAUACAAGCUCGGUUUCAGGCGUUCCUCAAAGGCGAGACACAAAUCUUAGCUGACGAAGCAUUCCAAAACGCCGUUCAGUCCUACCACGACGUGUUCCUUAAAUCCGAAAGGGUGGAGCAAAUGGUGAAGUCGGGGGCCUGUUCUCAUCACGACUUCCGUGAGGUUUUCAGGAACAACAUCGAGAAGAGAGUCAGGUUUGGGUCUUUACCAGAGAUAGAUGGAUUAAGUAAAGAGACCGUGCUUACAUCUUGGCUCGCUAAAUUUGAUUGCAUUAUGAAAGGAACCGGCAUUCCCGGAGACGACGAAUCGAAAAGGCCGUCAAGAGCUCAACAGCAAAGUCUUAACGCUGAGUGCAUACUCAGCAAGGAGCAGUUAUAUGACAUGUUUCAACAGAUCUUGGGGGUCAAGAAGUUCGAACAUCAAUUACUUUUCAAUGCCCUUCUCUUGGAUUCAGCGGAUGAACAAGCAGCGGCAAUUAGAAGAGAACUAGACGGAAGAAUGCAAAAAGUCAAUGAGAUGGAGAGGAACCGCAAGCUAAUGCCCAAGUUUGUACUGAAAGAAAUGGAAUCCCUCUACAUCGAAGAAUUGAAAUCGUCGAUCAACCUUCUGAUGGCCAACCUUGAGUCUCUGCCUGUCUCCAAAGGCGGAGCCGACUCUAAAUAUGGCCUACAUAAAAUCAAGCGGUAUAAUCACAGAUCGAAUGCGGGACCUGAUCCAGCGCCAAGGCUGAGUAAGCAGCUGUGUUUCAGAUCGCAAGGGUCACUCGCCAACAAGUUGACCGGUGAAGGUGAUGGCGGGGACGUCGAUACUCAGCUUACGAAAAUGGAUGUUGUGUUAACAUUCCAAAUAGAGGUUGUCGUCAUGGAAGUCAAAGGUCUAAAGUCGUUAGCGCCAAAUCGGAUAGUGUACUGUACCAUGGAAGUCGAAGGAGGGGAUAAACUACAGACUGACCAGGCCGAAGCGUCAAAACCCAUGUGGGACACACAAGGCGAUUUCAGCACAACACAACCUCUGCCGGCAGUCAAAGUUAAAUUGUACACAGAGAAUCCUGGCGUCCUGGCUUUAGAGGAUAAGGAGCUUGGCAAAGUGGUUUUGAGGCCCACACCACUUUCGAGUAAGGCUCCCGAAUGGCACCGAAUGACAGUACCCAAAAACUUGCCAGACCAAGAUCUCAGGAUCAAAAUUGCAUGUCGUAUGGAUAAACCGCUCAAUAUGAAACAUUGUGGCUAUCUCCACGUAAUCGGCAAGAAUGUAUGGCGUAAAUGGAAGCGUCGAUACAUGGUACUUGUACAAGUGAGCCAGUAUACAUUCGCUCUAUGCUCGUACAAAGACAAGAAGUCGGAACCGGCCGAGAUGAUGCAGCUGGACGGAUUCACUGUGGACUACAUUGAGCUUGCUAGCGCCCAGCUAAUCGUUGGACAAGAGCUGGAAGGUGCAAAAUACUUCAUGAAUGCGGUGCGCGAUGGCGAAUCCGUACUGAUGGGAGUGACUGAUGAGAAUGAGUGCCAUCUGUGGGUAAUGGCGUUGUACAGAGCAACGGGACAGAGUCAUAAACCUACACCACCAACCACAUCCGACACCCACCAUAAAAUAAUGGGAGAUGCAGACAAAGCUCGUAAACAUGGCAUGGAAGAUUAUAUUCAAGCAGAUCCAUGCCAGUUUGAUCAUCAUCUGCUGUUCUGCAUGCUACAGUCACAAACGCUAAAAUAUCGCCUUCAAGAUCCAUAUUGCUCAUUGGGAUGGUUUUCUCCUGGUCAAGUUUUCGUGCUAGACGAAUAUUGCGCUCGGUAUGGUGUUCGAGGUUGCUAUCGCCAUCUCUGCUACCUUUCUGAUCUUCUGGACGUCGCUGAAAGUGGACAGCAGACAGUGGAUCCAACUUUAAUGCAUUACUCCUUCGCAUUCUGUGCCAGCCACGUCCACGGCAACAGAGUAAGCUCCACGGUGGAAGUGGUUCACAGUACCGCGACGUUGCCUGGCAGGCCUGAUGGGGUCGGCAGCAUCACGGUCCAGGAGAAGGAGAAAUUCGCCGAGAUAAAGGAGAGACUGAAGACGUUACUGCAGCAUCAAAUAACGAACUUCAGAUACGCGUUCCCGUUCGGACGUCCCGAAGGCGCUUUGAAGGCUACUCUCUCACUCUUAGAACGAGUACUAAUGAAGGAUGUAGCAACGCCUGUCGCUCCAGAAGAAGUACGCGCAAUGAUACAAACGAGCUUGGAAAAUGCUGCCUUGUUGAAUUAUACACAACUUAGUCAGAAAGCCAACAUUGAAGAGGAUCUACGAGGCGAAACCAUGGUGACUCCAGCAAAAAAACUAGAGGACCUCAUUCACUUAGCAGAACUGUGUGUUGAUCUAUUGCAGCAAAAUGAAGAACAUUAUGCAGAGGUUUAUAACACAAAACCGGAUUCUAGCGGUCAACAAAAUGCGUUUGCAUGGUUCUCCGAACUGCUGGUAGAACAUGCAGAGAUCUUCUGGGCGCUGUUUGGUGUAGACAUGGAUAGAGUACUCACUGAACAGCCACCUGAUACUUGGGACUCGUUCCCACUCUUCCAGAUACUGAAUGAUUACUUAAGAACCGAUGAAAACCUGAAAGGCGGGAGAUUCCAUGAACACCUCCGUGAUACGUUUGCACCUCUGGUAGUACGUUAUGUGGACUUGAUGGAAUCAUCAAUAGCUCAAUCGCUACAUAAGGGAUUCGAAAAAGAACGAUGGGAGAUCAAAGGUAAUGGUUGCUCGACAAGCGAAGAAUUGUUCUGGAAACUGGAUGCGUUACAAUGCUUCAUCAGAGAUCUACAUUGGCCCGAGCCAGAAUUCCGGUCACAUCUCGAGCAGCGACUUAAGCUGAUGGCCAGCGAUAUGAUGGAAACCUGCAUACAGAGGACUGAAGCUUCUUUCCAGUCGUGGUUAAAGAAGAGUGUGACCUUCAUGUCCACGGAUUACAUCUUACCGGCAGAGACGUGCGCUAUGGUGAAUGUUGCUUUGGACGCCAAGAAUCAAGCCUUAAAACUCUGCGCUGUGGAAGGCGUCGACAUUUAUCAAUAUCAUGUCAAAAUGGAUGGCCAAAUUGAAGCGUGCCUGCAAGCUAUGGCGACUGGCAUGACAACACGACUGUCCGCUGUACUCGAAGCUACUUUGGCAAAAAUUGCUAGAUUCGACGAGGGCAGUUUAAUCGGCUCCAUCUUGACGAUAGCGAACGUGUCUGGUUCGGGCAAAGACAUUGGCCAAGGCUAUGUCAACUUCAUGAGAAAUUCCAUGGACCAAAUCAGAUCUAAGGUAACAGACGAGCUAUGGAUCCUGCAGUUGUUUGAGCACUGGUAUGGGAACCAAGUGAAUCUAAUCAACACUUGGCUCACAGAAAGGCCGGCGUUGCAUCCACAGCAGGUCGCCUGCCUUUCCAUUAUCCUAAAGAAAAUGUACAGUGACUUCGAGUUGCAAGGCGUAAUCGAUGAUAAGCUCAACUCGAAAGUUUACCAGAACGUUGCAGCCAGAAUGCACACCGAGGAGGCCACCUGCAGCUUGUUGUUGGCACAGCAAGAUACUGGCGGCGGCGACGAUGGUGGCUCCGAAGAAGGUUCCAGAAGUGGCAAGUCGAAAUUAGAAGCGCUCACCGAAGAAGCAAAGUUGGGGAACGUGACCGCGGUUGUUGGCAAGGUCGGCAACAUUUUCGGUCGCGGCAUCGGUGAAUUAUCUACAAAGUUGGGUGGCGCAUCAUCCUGGUUUUAGCGCAUUAAAAGCGCAAAAAAUUCACAUGUUUUUAUAAACAUACCUUUCUUUGCCUAUAUUGAUGUAAUGAGAUGAGAUUUCAAAUGACUUUUUGUUACUGCACCGCCAUUUUCGAAACUCCAUUUGAAUACGUUUAAAGUAUACCUAUUGAAAUUCUUAGGACUUCUGAAUUAAAAUGUCAGUGCCGUAACAAAAAGCGUUUAACUGUUCUGUGAUGAUGAAAAAAAAAUAUUGUUUUUCAUUCGAUUGCAAUCUAGAAUGUCCGCCAUUUCGAAAUAAGAAUAUAAUAAAACAAAAUGGCGUCAUACGCGCUGAAAACUAAUGUAAGUGGCCAGUUAUGCAUAGCUUAGUGUGAUUACAUAUAGUGUAAACAAGGUCUAGAUUUUAUUUUAUAAAAAAGCUUUAUGUACAGUUAGGUCAUCAUUCGUUUAAUGGAGCAAAUAACAUGUAAUAGGUGUUAAGAGUAGUAUUUGAUAUCACGAUUUAAAUUGUAUUGACGAGAAAUACAUACGAAAUGCAUACAUACAUAAUGCUACAAUAAGAAAACAUAUCGCUUUGGCAAAAUUAUUUUGUGUGUUUUACAUUAUUGUUGCGAUGAAUUACUAUUAUGACAUACGAUAUCUAUAUUAUUUACAAAAUGUAAUGUAACAAAAUAUUGGGAGAUUGGUUUGGAUAGAAUGAGUGUGAAUAAAUAAAAGUUUUAAAUAUUUUAUUUUAAAUGCAUAAGUAUUUAAAUAUUUCCAAUUAUAAAUAAUUAAUUACAUGUUUUCUUUUUUUUACAUAAUUAACUGGAAUUUUGUUAUUUUGCACAAUAACAUGUCAAAGUUUCACGAUUUACGAUUCUCAUCAAAUUCUAUUGUGAGUGACAGCACUUACCUACCUACUCUCAACUCAAUAGUGCAAGUUUUCAACGCAACAUUUUUCUUAUUAUUCAGAAUUCCUAUAGAUACUUCAGAAACAGUAUUUUUCUAAUUAUUAAAUUAAUAAUGCCUCUUUAUAAAAAUCGGUUGAUUCUCGUAUUUAAAAUCGACAAUCUUCGUAUUGCGUUUUUAUAAAAACAAAAAAGGCGCGAAAUAUAUUUUCCGAUAAUGUGUGUUGCCAUAAAAAAAUGAAAACUUACAGUGAAGGGUAAACGUUUGUUUUUAUAAAAACGCAAAUUAAUUAGCUACUCUAUGCUGUAGUAUUUCUCUAUUAUAUUUUAUGCUCUGUAGAAUCUAUUACAAUCUAGUAACGUUUUACCUUGACUAGUCGUCAAAAUAAUACAUAACUAUUUAUAUAAAAAAAUACUAUUAUAGUUAUAUUUGUUAACAAAAUAAUAUUCUUCUACGCUAACACCUUACAAAUUUUUAAACUAGGAAAAAUUUAAAUUUCUUAGAUAAAUGUUAAAAGAUUAAAAUAGCGGUUAGACGCUAUGCUGAAACGCCUUAAAAUGUCUUGUUGGGAACGGCUUAUAAAAUAGAUCUAAAAAUGUGACUGUAACCCUUUUACAAUAAAGAACUCGGAAAUGUUUAAUAAAUUAAUAAUUUCGUCGGUCUAUUAUCUUAAAUAUAUUUUUAUUACUUACAGUACCUUUUCUAACAUCAUCGACUUGCGUAUUUUAUGUUAUUACUUAAUUAGAUACCUUUUUAAUUUAUUAAUAAAAAGAAAUCGGUUGAAAAGGUAACUAUUUUUCAAACUUGCAACAGAUACGAAAAUAAAUUACAAUAUGACUAAAAGUUGGCACAGUAUGUAAUGUAAAGGAAACUAUUAACGUAGUGCUCACGUAUUAUAGAAUUAAACUAGAAUUCAAUAUAUUCACAACUGUACACAUGUACACAAUAAAUUAUUACAAAAGAAUAUAAUAAAAAAAUACCUAUAGGUAUUUUAAUACAGAUAUACGAUUGUUUGCUACAUACUUUGAUUGUUCAAAUUAUUAAAUUCAAAAUUGACUAACAACUUAAUCAUACGGUCGUAAUAAUGUUCUAAAUAAAAAUAUAUUAAGUUUAAAUUUCUACUUAUAAACUAGUUUCAUGUGUGACAUUUUAUUUUACACCUACAUUAAAGGUGUAUAAUUUUUUCUUAUAAACUUAUAAUACAAGCCAAUUAUAAAUUUAUAAUACAAGCCAAAAUACAGUAAUAGUAUUAUUGAAAUUUGACAACUUUAUCCUGUGACUAUGGAUCAAAAUAUAUACCUAGCCACGAUAUUUGUUUUUUUAUUUCAGCAUUCAGCUUUUCUAAAAAUGUAUAUAUAUUAAAUACUAUAACUGGAUUUCGGUUUUAUAUAAUUUCUGUUAUACCUAGACAUUAACUUAAUUAUCACAGUAAUCUAGGUAUGCUGUUUAAUUAGUUAUUUUUACUGAUUUCUUAAAUAUGUUCCCAUAUUGUUUAUGAUCGUAUGAAAAUAAAAAAAAUAUAUAGCAGAUUUUAAAAAUUACAACUUUGGGUAUCGUGCUCAAUGUGAAUGAAAAUGACAGUUUUGUAGUGUUUAAGUGCAUUAAUAAUGAGCCGACUGAAGUAAUACGUAGAUACAUGCUUGUAUGAUUUCGCUAAAGGAAACUCACAAUGGUAUAUAAUGUUAAAUUGCUGAAUUAUUACGUGCCUAUCUUCUCAAAAUAUAUGCUAUUAUAGUCUAUAGCAAGUUCACAAUUGCAGAAUGUUAAUAAUGGAAGCCACUGUGAGUUUCUGGUAAUGCUUGGGAGAGCCAUCGUGUGCAUCGCGAGUGUAAGGGGAUACAAUAAAAAUAUUUACAAUAAAAAUGUUUACUGUU